UAUCUUUUGCAGGGACUUGGGAAGACGGUUUCCACUAUAGCUCUUAUAUUGAAGGAACGGUCUAAACCUGCCCAAGCAUGUGAAGAAAGUACGAAGAAAGAGAUUUUUGACCUUGAAAGCGAGAGUGGAGAAUGUGCGCCUUUAAAACCCAGUGGUAAAAGCGAUCAUUUUGAACACUCUCAAUUGCUUUCCAAUGAAAGCAAAGUUGGUGGAGAUAGUGUGGGUAAAGUGAGGGGAAGGCCAGCUGCUGGAACUCUUGUUGUCUGUCCCACUAGUGUUAUGCGGCAGUGGGCUGAUGAAUUACAUAAGAAGGUGACUAGUGAAGCGAAUCUCUCUGUUCUGGUAUACCAUGGGUCUAGCAGGACAAAGGAUCCUCAUGAGCUGGCUAAAUAUGAUGUUGUUGUUACCACAUUUUCUAUCGUAAGUAUGGAAGUGCCGAAGCAGCCUCUUGUAGACAAUGAUGACGAAGAGAAGGGUGGGGUACAUGAUGGUGAAUCUGCAACUAAU